AUGGUCCAGAUCAGCGAAGUGAAAGGCAAUUCGCGCGAAAACAGGACCGCCGCCCACACGCAUAUCAAGGGUCUUGGAUUACGUCCUGAUGGCACUGCAGAAGCUUCCAGUGAUGGAUUUGUUGGUCAAACGACCGCCCGUGAGGCAUGCGGUGUUGUUGUCGAUUUGAUUAAAGCGAAGAAAAUGGCUGGGCGUGCUGUUCUACUUGCCGGUGGACCAGGGACUGGAAAGACGGCGCUCGCCCUUGCCGUAUCACAGGAGCUGGGAACCAAGGUCCCAUUUUGCCCGAUCGUUGGCAGUGAAAUAUACUCUGCUGAAGUUAAGAAAACAGAGGCACUUAUGGAGAACUUCCGGAGAGCGAUUGGUCUCCGUGUGCGCGAAACGAAAGAAGUGUACGAAGGUGAAGUCACCGAGCUUACGCCUGAGGAAACUGAAAACCCAUUGGGAGGCUAUGGACGCACAAUCAGUCAUUUAAUUAUCGGAUUGAAGUCUGCAAAGGGAACCAAGAAGCUGCGCCUUGAUCCCAGCAUUUAUGAGGCUAUCCAGAAGGAACGGGUUACCGUUGGAGAUGUGAUCUACAUCGAAGCGAAUACCGGUGCUUGCAAGAGAGUAGGACGAUCCGAUGCAUAUGCGACCGAGUUCGAUCUUGAAGCGGAAGAAUAUGUUCCUGUACCCAAAGGGGAGGUUCACAAGAAGAAGGAAAUCGUACAGGAUGUGACGCUACAUGACCUGGAUAUGGCCAACGCUCGACCACAAGGUGGACAGGACGUUAUGAGCAUGAUGGGACAACUGAUGAAGCCCAAGAAGACAGAGAUCACGGAUAAGCUGCGCCAGGAGAUCGACAAGGUUGUUAGCCGGUAUAUUGACCAAGGAGUUGCCGAGCUGGUUCCUGGUGUCCUCUUCAUUGAUGAGGUCCACAUGUUGGAUAUCGAAUGUUUCACCUAUCUCAACCGUGCACUUGAAUCCACAAUCUCCCCCAUUGUCAUCCUUGCCUCCAACCGCGGCCACACUGUCAUCCGCGGCACCGACGACAUCACCGCCGCACACGGCAUACCUUCUGACCUCCUCGCUCGCCUUCUCAUCGUCCCCACCCACCCUUACUCUUCCGACGAGAUCAAGACUAUCAUCCGCCUUCGCGCCAAGACAGAAGGGAUCAACAUCACCGAUCCCGCCCUCGACAAGAUCGCCGAGCACGGCAGUAACGUCAGCCUGCGGUACGCACUGCAAUUACUAACCCCAGCUAGCAUCCUUGCACGGGUCAACGGACGGCCAGGAGGCAUUGAGGAGGCCGAUGUAGCCGAGUGCGAAGACCUCUUCCUUGAUGCAAAGAGAAGCGCGACGAUUGUAAGCCAGGAUAGCGAGAAGUUCCUUUAG